AUGGCACGUCAGGACAAGGGGAAAGGGCUUAUGGGUUCUUCUUCGAGUUCGGAUAAAUUUCCGAAGAUUAAAUUUUGGUAUGGCGGGCAAGGCGCGACGGAAGCCGAGGCGGAAGCGGAGCGCAUUCGUAUGACUGCAUCUCAUCGUCGUAGGAGAGUUAUGGAGCGCGACACUGAUUUACCCGUCGUGGACGAGAUUCCCCACAUAGAUCAUAGUUCUAGAUCUAUGACGGGUAGCAUUCGAUCUGUAGGGGCAGAUUCUCGUAUCCCCUACGAGGGACACGUGGAGGAGCAUGACCAUGUUGAGAGCGAUUUUGAUGAUGUUCUCGUCCCGGCCGCGCGCUCACGGAAGUCUCGGUACGAGUUUGACACUUUCAGUGGCCCACUUGAGUUACAUGGUCCGGCUCCAGGAGGACCGACUGAUUGGAGGAUGAUUCCUAGUUUCAAGAGUCAUAUUGCCUACUACAUUUGGGCAGGACAUGAGCGCAGCGUGGGGCGAUGUGAGUCAAGGAUUACUGCGCUUAAUGCUUUUAAGAAACAUGAGUUGAAGCAACUCAUGGCUCCUUACGGGCAGGAUGAGUUAGAGCUACUGGAGGCAUCUGGCCUAGACUCACUCGAGUACUUCUACAUAAAAAAUGUAGACAAGGGACUCAUGGGGGCAUUUAUAGAGAGAUGGCAGCCGGAAACGAACAGUUUCCACAUGCCUUGGGCGGUGCACGGUGAUUCUGUUGAGGAGAGGCCUAUGUGUGAGUUGUUGCUAGCUGAGGUUCUUGAUUUGGACAUGGUCGAAGCGCAUGCCAGGCUCGGCAAUAGUGGGAUAAAAUGGUCGGAGUUUGUGGAGCGUGUGCGCAGUCGGUCCCGAACUUGUCGGCAGAAGGUGGUAGGAUAUUUGACGUUUUUUAUCGGUAUGGCUUUGUUCCCCGACCGGAGUGUAGACAGGUUCAAGCCAACGUGGAUGAGAUAUUCUUCCGAUCUCGAGCACGUCGGCGAGUAUGCUUGGGGUGCAGCUGUAUUGGCUCAUUUAUACCGACAAUUGGGCUUGGCUAGUAGGGCUCACGUGAAGGGGUUACAGGGUUGCACGUUACUGCUCCAGGGAGAUGCAGCCUCGGUUCCUGAAAUGGAAACCACGCAAGGGUAUUUCGGACUUGCUCUCGGUCCGAAGGAUGCUUGA